UCUGCGUGCGCUUACCCGACUGGCGGCUGACAGUUCAAAGGGACAGAUCGUUUUAAAUUUAGCCAACCGGACUCGCACCGAAAGCAUUUCAGCUACGCGUGCACCAGAGAACCGGGAAGGCGAAAACAAGCAUGUUCUUGGAAAGUGCAGUCUAAUUUUGCUCGUGUCUGUGUCGAUCCAUUCUACCAAUAUGCCAAUAUUCUCAGUCUUGCUGCUAAAUUUGAUUUCCGAGUGUCACGGUUGACAAAAUAAUUAACUUUGGAUUGGAUUACCGUCCGAGAGGUCUGUAACUAAGAGUUCCUGUUUUCCUCUGCCGCUGCUUCGAGACUCUGUGUCCUCAUUCACCGGGCUUCUCUCAGCUCAGCGUAUUAUGAGUUUGUUGACAUAUCUGAUUGUUGGAGACAUUUUCCGCUGAAUGGUUCGCUCUGCCUCCCUCCUUGUCUGACUUUACCUUCCAAUUAUCCCCGUGUGUGGUGAACUAGUCAGAUCCGGUUUUGGUAGUCUUUGGCGCGGGAUAAUCGGAAUACGAUGUGAAUUAAUGAGGCGCAAGAUGCAGGGGCACAUACUCAGACCCGCGCGGCUCCAGGGGCGACAGGUGCGCGAGACGGAGUGAGAGACAGGAGAGUCACUUUGUAUACCCAGAAGGAAAACCAGGAAGGCUAAAAGAGGGUAGAAAGAAGUUAAGAAAUCAGCCAUGGAGACGGGCCAGAGCGCACCAGUAGCUGAAACGGGAGGAGAGCGCGAGCAUGCAGGUGUAUGUGUUACUGUGGACCGGGACCGUGGAGAGAUGCCAAGCCCGAGCCCACUGGCCAAACAGCGUUCCCUUCGCGCAGUCUAUGUGUUGAACGACGGGUUAAAGGCGGUUCUGGCGAGCAGCCCAGAGUCUGGUGCUCUUCAAUGCCUGCAAAGAGCCUGUGACGCCGAGAGCGCACUACUGACCACUGUAACGUUUGGACGGUUGGACUUCGGAGAGACCACCGUUCUAGACACUUUCUACGACGCAGAUAUAGCUGUUGUGGACAUGAGUGAUGUCUUCCGACAGCCAUCUUUGUUUUACCACCUCGGAGUGAGAGAGAGCUUCGACAUGGCCAACAAUGUUAUACUGUACUAUGACACUGAUCCAGACACUGCACAGUCGCUGAAGGACAUGGUGGCACAAAAAAACACAGCGUCCAGUGGUAACUACUACUUCAUCCCCUACGUGCUGACUCCGAACCAUGAGUACAUGUGUUGUGAGAGUGACGCCCAGCGCAGGGCCAGUGAGUACAUGCAGCCCAGCUGGGACAACCUGCUGGGGCCUCUGUGUGUCCCCCUGACGGACCGCUUCUCCAACCUGCUCAAGGACAUCCACGUCACCCCCAGUGCGUCCUUCAAGGACACGUUGUUGAACGACAUCCGCAAGGCGAGGGAUAAGUACCAGGGCGAGGAGCUAGCCAAGGAGCUGUCUCGCAUCAAGCUCCGCAUCGACAACACCGAGGUCCUCACCCAGGACAUAGUGAUGAACCUACUGUUCUCCUACCGAGACAUACAGGACUACGAUGCCAUGGUGAAGCUGGUGGAGACCCUGGAGAUGCUCCCCACCUGCGACCUGGCCAACCAGCCCAUGAUCCAGUUCCACUAUGCCUUCGCCCUCAACAGGAGGAACAGUCCAGGAGACAGGGAGCAGGCCCUGCGUGUGAUGCUGCAGGUGCUGCAGUCAUGUGAGCACCCCGCCCCAGACAUGUUCUGUCUGUGUGGGAGGAUCUACAAGGACAUCUUCCUCGACUCUGACUGCAAAGACAUGAAGAACAGAGACAAUGCCAUCCAGUGGUACAGGAAAGGCUUUGAGCUGCAGCCGACCCUGUACUCAGGCAUCAACCUGGCUGUGCUGCUGAUUGUGGCCGGUCUGCAGUUUGAGAGCUCCAUCGAGCUCCGGAAGAUCGGGGUGAGGUUGAACAGUCUGCUGGGCAGGAAGGGUUCUCUGGAGAAGAUGAAUAACUACUGGGACGUUGGUCAGUUCUUCACUGUUAGCAUGCUGGCUAGCGACAUCCCCAAAGCUACACAGGCCGCGGAGAAGCUCUUCAAACUCAAACCCCCCAUCUGGUACCUGCGCUCUGUGGUCCAGAACCUGCAGCUGAUCCAGAGGUUUAAGAAGCCCUCGGUGGAGCAUUCUCCCCAGAGAGAGAGGCUCAAUUUCUGGAUGGACAUCAUCGUGGAGGCCACCCGGGGAACCACCAACGGCCUGCGCUUCCCGGUAUUGAUCCUGGAGCCCACCAAGGUGUACCAGCCCUCCUAUGUGUCCAUCAACAAUGAAGCUGAGGAGAAGAACGUCUCCAUCUGGCACGUCUCUCCCUCGGAAACGAAGGGGAUUCAUGAGUGGAACUUCACUGCAACCUCCAUUAAAGGAAUCAGGUGUGUGUGUACAUCCUUCAUCCUGCGCUGCUUCGAGCCAGACCCCAACAAGAGGGCCACCGGCUCCGACCUGCUGAAGGACACCUUCGUACGCCACAAGGGCAAGAAGAGCAAGAUUGCCUUCAAACCCUCAGACUACAUCCGCAGCGUGUCGUUGCCGGUGCAGUUGCAGGGUGAGGCCACUGGGAGCAGCAGCAGUGAGCACGGCUCGGUGAGUCCAGACUGUGACUCCAAACACGACGUGUUCUUCCAGAAAAAGAAGCGCUCGGGAUCAGAGAACCUGCUCAAACCCCCCAACGCCAACUACCUCAGCGUACCUGACGAGGGCUCGGUGUCGGAGGACCGCAGCACGCCCCUCUCCCCCGAGGACAGGGACGGGGGUCUGUUCCUGCUGAAGAAGGACAGCGAGCGCAGAGCCAUCCUCUACAAGGUCCUCAACGAGGACCAGGACAAGGUCAUCUCCAACCUGAUGGAGAACCACAUCCAGGGCAGCGAGGAGCUCCAGCUAUCCGUAGACCACAUCAAACAGAUCAUCUGUAUCCUGAGAGACUUCAUCCAUUCCCCCGAGCGACGCGUCAUGGCAACCACCAUCUCCAAACUCAAACUGGACCUGGACUUUGACUCCACCUCCAUCAACCAGAUACAGCUGGUGCUGUUUGGGUUCCAGGACUCUGUAAACAAGGUCCUGAGGAACCAUCACAUCAAGCCUCACUGGAUGUUUGCGAUGGACAACAUCAUCAGGAGAGCUGUCCAGGCUGCGGUGACCAUCCUCAUACCCGAGCUCCAGACCCACUUUGGGCCGGCGUCAGAGAGCGAGGGAGCGGACAAGGAGGACGAGGUGGACGAGGAAGAGGUGGAGUUUGGGCCCGUGGGCGCCCCCCCCGCCGACGACCCCAGCGUGACCUCUGAACCUGUGACCUCGGGGGUGAGCACGCUGAACUCCACCCCCUCCCACGACGCCCAGCGCUCGCAUCAUCUGCUGGGCGCACAGCUGGGACGACUCAAACAGGAAACCAACAGGCUCCUAGAGGAGUUGCUCCAGAGGGAGAAGGAGUUCCAGCAGGUUCUAAAGACCACCCUGCAGCAGAGAACAAAUGACCUGGAGCUGGCCAGGGGCAGACACAGGCCUCCAGACCUCCCUCUGCCCUCCAUCUCCCAUGUAGCAGCUGACCAUGAGCCCGACAAGCAGCUCACUGAUUGGCUGAAAGACCAGGGGGCGGACCCUGACACAGUAGAGAGGUUUGUGAUGGAGGAGUACACGCUGAGUGAUGUCCUCAACGACAUCACUAAGGAAGACCUCCGCUACCUGCGACUACGCGGAGGGGUGCUCUGUCGUAUCUGGCGGGGGAUCCAGAGGCACAGAGAGAGGGAGAGGCUGACAGAGGAUGAGCCAUAUGACAGGGAAUGAUGGGAUAGCUGAACUCCUUCUCUGGUGGACUGUCUUGCACAUACACACACUCCUCCCUGCAUUUAGUUCAUUCAUUCAUUCAUACUGCUUCUUCUUAUUUUCUUUGUCUCUCUCUUUCUGUCUCUGUCUCUCUCCCUCUCCCUCUCUCUGUCUAUCUCUCUCUCUCUCUCUUACUGCCACGCUCACUCAAAUAAUAGACAAGUGUGCAAACCUUUACUGUGUUGAAGCAUGCGGCAGGAACAUGAGCUGUUAUGUGUGUAACUGUACACAGGGUCACUAUCAUUGUUGACCAGACCAAAACGCUUUACUGCAGGCACUUUGUAUGUGGAGAUGUUUUAUUGUGAGUAUUGUGUGUAUGUCUGUCUGAGGGUGAAUGUGUGUCUGUGUUGAGUGUCUGCGUGUAUGUGGAUGAGUGAAUGUGUGUGUGUAUGUGUGUCUGUGUUGAACAUACAGGAUGUGUAUGUGUACCUGGGUUUGUGUAAGUGAAUGAGUGAGUGUGUGAGUGUGUGUCUAUAUUGAGUGUAUGUCAAAGUGAGUGUGUGUGUGCUCUGGACACCAUGCAUGCCUUAAAUGUCCAUCCCUUGUUAUCCUGUCCUCCUGUUCCAACACUGAAUCGACACUGUCUAUCUCUGAGGCUUUCCUUCAACCCACACUCUGCUGUCGAGCUUUAUGGUCAGUAACAUCCAGGAGAAACAACCAGAGGAAGAGAACACUGCUUAUUUCAUAUAUUUAAUACAUCAGUACAGAUAUACACCCAAACUGUUCUGCCUGUAUUGUGUAAUGGUCUCUUAAUUCUUCUUCCAAGUGCCUUUUGAUUGACUCUUGAACCUAUUUUGUCAAUCUAUCAAGUCUUUUGUUUUCUGCUGUUCUGCCAUUCUGUCAUUAAACUUGUCAACCCAGUUCUACCAGUUGG